AUGAAACGUGAUGCCAAAAGGGUUGUGUACCUUAUGAAUCACAUGGAGCAAGUCGAUUUUGUGGGAGAAGUUGUUUCUGGUGUGAAUGAAGGAGUUGGUGAGUACAUCAUUCCGAUAGAGAUAGGUUCCCCACCAAUAGCCCAACAUGUAAUCAUGGACACUGGGAGUGACCUAAUCUGGGUACAAUGCCAAAAGUGCCAGCAAUGCCAUAGCCAAUUUGACCCUAUUUUUGAUUUGGCACGAUCUUCUAGUUACACAGAAAUACCAUGUGAUUCUUCAGCUUGUGAUAGACUCAAUGGAAAGCAGGAUUGUGAUCACGAGCGUAGUUGCUCAUACCGGGCAUCAUAUGCUGAUGUGUCUGAGUCCAAGGGAACCCUUGUGUUUGAAACUAUAGUGUUUGGGGACGUCAGAAUCCUAAACAUGGCUAUAGGGUGUGGUUAUACGAACAAGGGCACAUUUGGUCAUCAGGCUGGGAUUAUGGGAUUGGGAGCUGGACCCUUAUCCCUUGUGUAUGAGAUUCCAGUUGGUGGAUUUUUCAGCUAUUGUUUACCCAGCAGAGAUAGCCAGGUGUCUGGAUCACUUGUGAUAGGAAAAGAAGCUAUCUCAACAGGUUCUGUAUGGGUUUCUUUGCUUUCCAGCAUAAAGAACCCAAGUUUUUACUAUGUUCGGAUGAUAGGGCUUGGAGUCGGAGGCAUUCGACUACCUAUUUCCGAAGAUAUUUUUCAUCUAACAGAAUUAGGUGAUGGAGGAGUGAUCAUAGACUCGGGGACCACCGUGAGUAGAUUUCCAAAAGUAGCUUAUGAAGCAUUCUGUGAUGCUUUUAUUGCACAAACCAUGGACAUCCCUCGAGCACCCGGAGUGGAUUUGUUUGAUACUUGUUUUAGCCUACCCAACACAAUAGAUGUGCCAUCAGUGUCUUUCCAUUUCUGGAGUGAUAUUGGUGAGGUAUCACUCGUGAUUCCACCAAGAAACUUUCUUGUUGCUGUAGACAAUAUGGGAACAUAUUGUUUUGCUUUCGCUCCAUCACCUGCCUCAUUUUCCAUCAUCGGGAAUAUCCAGCAAGAGCAGAUCAAGAUUUCAUAUGAUACAGUUGGUAGAACUUUGGGAUUUGGUCCUGACCUUUGCAUGUAA